AAGGAGUUGGCACAGGAGGCGUCUGAGGCUGUGCAGAGCGGCCGUCUGAACCUGGUGCCACAGCUGCACAGGAGGGCAUGGCAUAGCUGGCUGGACAACAUCACAGACUGGUGUGUCUCCCAGCAACUCUGGUGGGGCCACAGAAUGCCAGUGUACCACAUCACUGCAGCAGACGGCCGGGAGGUGUGGGUGGCAGCUGCUCGGAGUAAGAUGCAAGGCGGAAGGCUGUGCAGAAGGAAGACUGUGCUGCUGCAUGGCCUCCUGUGUGAUGGUGGCGGCCACAAGACAUCCAAGUCCUGGGGCAAUGUGAUAAACCCCCUGGAUGUGAUCAGUGGGGUGUCCCUGGAGGUACUGUGUGAGAGGAUGGAGGGGAGCCUGAAUACAGAAGAGGUACUCACUGGUAUCAGGAGGAACUUCCCCACAGGCAUCCCAGAGUGUGGAGCUGAUGCCCUUUGGUUCACCCUGUGCUCCACCAACUUCAAUAGUCAGUGUGGCAUAGAUAGAUGAAUGUGUAUAACUUUGUGGUGCAUUGAGUCUUGUGUGGGGUAACUGGGUUGGUGUAUGGAUCAAUGAAUGGAGUAGAGAUAAGAUUUUGGUGAGUGCUCUUGUAAGAUUAGGGUAGGAGUGCUUCUCGUCUCCGUCAAGGGCUAAGGUGUUGAGUGUUGAUUGAGUGAGGGUGAAAAUUGUGUGUUUUGGUAUAUGUAGGAGAUAGGAUUUUAAUGAGUGCUCUUGUAAAGUUAGGGUAGGAGUGCUUCUCAUCUCAAUCAAGGGCUAAGGUGUUGUGUGUUGAGUGAGUGAGGGUGAAAAUUGUGUUUUUGUUUUGGUAUAUGUAGGAGAUAAGAUUUUAGUGAGUGCUCUUGUAAGGUUAGGAUAGGAGUGCUUCUCAUCUCCAUCAAGGGCUAAGGUGUUGAGUGUUGAGUGAGUGUUUAAAUAUAUUUGUAGGAGAUAAUAUUUUAGUGGUUCUCUUUCCCAACAAGUAUUAACGCAUUGAAAGAUUGUUGUGGGUGAGAGUAACGGUGAAAUUUGUGUGCUUUAUCUUUGUAUAUGUAAGAGAUAAGCUAUAAUAAGUGUAUUUGUAAGGUUAAGGCAGUAGUGCUUCCCUUCCCCAACAAAGGUUAAGGUGUUGAAAGAGUGUUGUGAGUGAGUGUGAGGUGGGUGUGAAAGCUGUGUGCCUUGCCUUGCUAUGCGUUUGUACAUCUCUCAUAACACUUCCCUGCCAGACCACGUGUGUGUGUGUGUGUGUGUGUUAUAUAUAAAAUAUAAAUAAAUAACUACAUUUCUACUCUACUGAUGGGAGAAACACGCUUUAAAAAGGCUCUAUUUGAAGUAGCACAGGUUUUUAAGGAUGUUUUUCAUGGUUUUAGUGACAAAUUAACAACAUUCCUACAUUACUAACAGGAGAAACACUCACGAAAACCUCUGCUAAUCAUCUUUGUGGCCUUUGGAAUCAAUUGUGAAAGAGAGAGAGAGAGAGAGAGAGAGAGAGAGAGAGAGAGAGAGAGAGAGAGAGAGAGAGAGAGAGAGAGAGAGAGAGAGAG